AUGGCCGGUGAAGGGUGGCCAUCCUACGAGCAGUUCUCGUACCUGUACAAUAUCACAAAGUCCAAGCGUACCGAUCACGGUGGAUGGGUACAGGCGAACUGUCUCAAGGCUACCGAGCGUGGUCACUUUGUGAACUGGGUGCCGACUUCUCAGAAGUCAUGGAGGAAUCGGCGGGUGCUUCUUUUGGGUGACUGGGAGUCGCCUUCGGGACAGCCUGUCCGAUUUCCAAUUCCCACAACAUUCCAAAUAGCCGGUAGGAUAACAUGCCGUUCGGUACCUUCUUCGGGGCCCAUUUUUACUGUGACUGAUCGUUUCCUUGUUAUUCCUCUUGUAGGUAAACUAAAGCAGCCGAUCCCUACGCAAGCAGAGAUUCAACAAGUGGAGAAGGUGAGGAGCAAGGUCCCUACCUAG